AUGAUCCUCAAGGAGUAAUAAAUUAUCGAGAACAUUGAUCCAAUUGAAUUACAAUUUAAUUCAUCAGCGUCAGGCUCUAAUACAACGAAUGAUGAAUUUCUUAAAAUAAGUUAAGUGUAAUUUAAAAAGGAACUGAGCAAAUAUAUUGAUUAUUAGUAUCCAUCAAUAAAACACCAGCAGCUAUUCUGUCUCUUGAGCAUUUUCAAGAAUGAAUCAUUAUUGAAUAGGGAUCACAAAAAGUAAAAGAAUGUUCUAAUCGAUGAUAUGUUAACUUUUGGUUCUUUGGAGAAAUUGGUAUUUCAAGAUUAAACAAUCAUUCCAAACGAUUACAUACUACCUGAUUGUGAAAUAAUUUAAUGCCUCAUUACAAAACAACAAAAGCGUCUGUCUUACUCAUUUAUUAUGUUCCUAAAUAUUUUGAAGCAACUAGAAACAGUAUUACCAAUAACUGCUAUUAAAUUAAUCAAAUAAUUCGCAUCUUAAAAGCCUAAUUGCAUAGUUGAUAUAGGAAGGCAGAAAAUGGUUUAUAUAUGGAUGAGCAGCAAUGAUGAGAGAAAUCUCUGUUAUAAGGAUGAUGAGAUAAUAUUAGGUAAGGACUUAAAAAUGAUUGUUCACUCUGUGAAAUGUAUUAGGGAGGAAUUGAUAGAUAGGAAAAAGGAAGUUAAUUUAAAGAAUGUUUAGAAAUUCCUGAAAGGAUUUUAAAAAAUCGAUAUUAUUGGGAUAUCUUAUUCAGUCUAACAGAUUCUGAGAAAACUUAUGGAUGCUUUUGAAGUUUAGGAAGUCUAAUAAUAUGAGCAAUUUGUUUUAAUGAUUUAAUUAAUUUUAGUACUAUGCCAUCAUUAGUUAUCCGUUACUGAUUUUAGAAAUAUAAAAUGUUAAGUUUAUCGCCAUUUAUGGACACGAAGGAGAAUACUAUCAAUUUGGAUGCACCUAUAAUUUACCAUUCACAAACAGAAUUAAUAGUGA